AUGUCUAGAAGGUCAGUAGUGUCCUCUUACUAUAUCUGUCAGCACUGCGGUCAUUUCAACACAACAGGAGCUGAGGUCUUGUCAUUGCAGGGAGAACUAUUGCCAGAGAAAGUUGGCUAUCCAAUGGGAGAUCAGCACGGGGGUGCCACCUACAUCAUGUUUCAGACCCACUACGAUAAUACCAGACUGGAACGUGACGUCACCGUGGAGUGGGCCAUGAACAUCUACUACACUGAAAAGCUCAGGGAGAUCGAUGCCAGUAACAUGGGUCUAGGGCAUGCCUUGCUCUUCUCGUUGACAGUGCCACCCAAGACGCCAAACUGGCUCGUGUCUGGGCACUGCUCUUCUGCCUGUACUGCCGCAGGCUUACCUGAAGAUGGAAUCAAUGUUUUCACCGUCUUUCUUCACGGACACUACCUAGCUAGGGCCAUCAGACUGCGUCAUUUCAGGGAUGAUGUGGAGCUGCCACCACUGGCUGUGGACUCCCACUAUGCUGCUGACUUCCAGCAGUCUCGCAGACUGACGAAAGAGGUAAAGAUCCUGCCAGGGGACCACUUAACUGUAGAAUGUGACUAUGACAGCAGUGGGCAAGACAGUGGGACCUUCACAGGGUGGAAAGCCAGAGACGAGAUGUGUCAAGCCUUCAUCUAUUACUACCCUCGUGUCAACAUGUCUCUAUGUCGCUCCUCCCCCCACCCAGGCCUCCUCCAGGACACCUUUGGCAUUGGCAACUUCUCAAAGGACCUGAAACUGGACACUUUCGAGUUUAACCCUGAGGUUGGUGUUGGGCACAAGUACCAGGAGGUGAUGAAUGCACUGCCAUGGGAGACACUGAAUAAGAAGAAUCUCAAUAAGAAAGUGCUGGAGGGUGACCAAGUCAUUAAGUGUCAGUAUAACUAUGGUGUUAAUAUGAAGCUGGACACGAACAUCACCAAGUAUCCACAGGCAAAGCCUUUUGUGGCUCCUGCAGACCAAGCAUGUGCUUCUCGCACCUUGUACAGCGUCAUGUCUUCCCAUGGCACUGUCUCUUAUAUGUCUACCAUUAUGCUGCUCGUCCUGCUGUUGCCGCUACUAUCAGUGAAGCUUCUCAACUUGCAUACGUAAUUAACAGGCCAUUUGAAUAACACUAGCACAAACACACUGUUGCAAAUAAGAAAUUUUAUAAAGAACUUCAGAAUGUAGUCUGUUACUAUUUUCUUCUUAUGCAACAAGAUUUUGGAUCAGAGUUUGUUAAAGGUAUUUUAGAGUCUAGGGGAAAUAAUUUCAACUGGGAAACUCCAUAGAAUAAUAUUCAAAUUUAUUAAAGUAUUUAAAUACAA